UACUAAGUUAAAGAUCGCCUUCUAUAUUAUUUAUAACACUUAACUUAGGCCUAGCAGGCUAAACUAUUAUUUUACUACUAAUCCAUCUAUACAAAUGGCGACUCAAUAAAUUAUUACUGGAUACAGCAAUACAGUGCUUUAAAAGAAAUCACAAACCAUGGCAUUAACUAUUCUUCACUUCAAUGAUGUAUAUAAUAUUGAGGGACAAAAAGAUGAGCCGAGAGGUGGUGCAGCACGCAUGCACACUUAUAUAAAAAGUCAGAAAAAAUUAGAUCCCCUUGUUCUUUUUAGUGGGGAUGCUCUUAAUCCAUCAUUAAUGAGUAUAUUUUUGAAAGGUGAACAGAUGAUCCCAAUUCUCAAUGAACUAGGUGUCGCUGCAGCUGUCUAUGGCAACCAUGAUUUUGAUUUCGGUGUAGACCAUUUGAAAAGUUUUGCAGAGCAGUGCAAGUUUCCAUGGCUGUUGAGUAAUGUGAAAGAUAUGGUAAAUAAUGAGCCACUUGCCCGUGGGGAAACCUAUGUGAUGCUAGAGCAUGCUGGGAUCAAAAUUGGCAUCAUUGGUCUGGUAGAAGAAGAAUGGAUAGACACUCUAUCAACAUUAGAUCCUGAUGACGUGACUUUUAUUGAUUUUGUAGAGGCUGGAGUUCAUUUGUCUGAUAUUGUCAGACAGCUGGGUGCCCAACUUGUAAUAGCACUAACUCACAUGCGUGUUCCCAAUGAUGUGCGUCUUGCUGAGUGUGUGCCUGGUAUUGAUAUUAUUCUAGGUGGCCAUGAUCAUGAUUAUGAAAUCAUCAAUGUGAAAGGCAAAUAUGUUAUAAAAAGUGGUACAGAUUUCCGCAACAUGUGCAAGCUAACCCUCACACAGAGCAACAACAACAGCAAUAGCGGCUGGGAUGUGAAUGUUGAGAAGGUGGACCUGGACUCUAGUGUACCAGAGGACCCUGAGAUGCUGAAAGUAGUUCAAGCUAAUCUCAGUAGCAUUGAUGAUAAGAUGGAUACUUACCUGGGUUGUAUGAAUGUAGAAAUGGAUGGAAGAUUUUCAUCAGUCAGAACUCAAGAGACUAACUUAGGUAACUUUAUCACAGACAUCAUACUGACAGCCACAAAAGCAGAUUGUGCCCUGUUAAAUUCUGGCACUUUCCGCUCUGAUCGUAUUCACCCUAAAGGAGACUUUAAGCUGAGAGAUCUGCUGACCAUUCUCCCCCUGGUCGAUGCGUUAGUUGUGAUUAAAGUUACAGGCCUUCAACUGAUUGAAGCUUUAGAAAACAGUGUCAGCAAGUACCCAGUCAAAGAGGGCAGGUUCCCUCAGGUGGCGGGGCUAUGUUUUGGGUUUGACCCCACCCGUCCUGCGGGCCAGAGGAUAGGGAAGGAGCUGGUCAAGGUGCAGGAUGAGUACAUUGAUCCAGACAAGGAGUAUCGUCUUGCUACCAAAGAAUAUGUAGCUCAAGGAAAAGAUGGGUUCGAUGUUUUAAAAGAUUGUGAAGUGUUGAUCACUUCAGAACAGUGUCCCUCCUUAUCCACGAUGGUACAAAAUCACUUCAAUGCUGUCAGAAUCUUUUUGGGAGAGAUGGAAUGUCCAUCAGGGCACAGACAAAGUCUUGUUGCCUUGAAAAGACGAGAAGAGAUGGUAAAACAAAUGAGUGUUGAUAUAGAAUGCUCCACCAAACCAAGGAAGCUGAUCCGCCAAGAGAGUAUACACGGGCUAGAGAAUGAACAGAAUUUCUUGUCACCCCGAGUAGAAGGCCGCAUAUAUAUACUUACUGAGGAGAAACGCAGAGUUAUGCUGUCACUAAUGCCGAGCGGGAUGAUACGCAACUUAAGCACACUCUCAGAGGAGUCAAGGUCCUCUUCUGAUGAGCUCCAGUGAGACUUAGCUCAAGGUUCACUUCAGAUGAGCUCAAGUGAGAUUUACCUCAAGGUCCUCUUCAGAUGAGUUUCAGUUAAAUUUAGCUCAAUUGUCCCUUCUUUUAAGUUCCAGA